AUGAGGCGCCGGCCGAGCACCGCGCUCGCCCUGCUGUGCCUCGCCGCCCUCCUGGCCGCCGCCACCGCCGCGCUGCCCCCUGGGCACGGUGCCGCCCGCACGGCCCCGCGGCACCGCCGCGCCCGCACGGGGCAGCCGGCGCCGCCGCCGCCGCCGGAGGAGGAGGAGGAGGAGGAGGAGGCGGCGGUGGCGGAGGAGGAGGAAGAGGAGCAGCAGCAGCAGCAGGAGGAGGAGGAGGAGGAGGCUGCGGACAGCGGCCCCGCAGGAGACCUGUGCAACUGCAGCUCGGUGGGCAGCGCCGGAUGCAACCUCACGACAGGGCAGUGCCACUGCCUGCCUGGCUACACGGGGCCACGCUGCCACAGCUGUGCCCACGGCUUCUUCCCCCAGCAGGGAGGCCAGCAGUGCCAGCCCUGCAGCUGCAGCCCUGCUGGAGCCACCAGUGAGCAGUGUGACCACUCUGGGAAGUGCCAGUGCAAAGCUGGUGUCACGGGCCUGAAGUGUGAGCGGUGCAGCGAGGGCUUCUUCAGGUUCAACGAGAGCUCGUGUGAGCCCUGCCAGUGCCACAACCUCUCCCACAGCUGCGACAGCUCCACAGGCACCUGCCUGGACUGCCAGGAGAACACGGAGGGGGAGCACUGUGAGCUCUGCAAGGAGGGUUUCUAUCGGAGCACCCAGCCUGCCCACGGCUGCCAGCGCUGCCCCUGCUCCACUGUGGCAUCCACUGGCACCUGCCACUUAGAGCCUGGCGAGAGCGUCCCGAGGUGUGACCAGUGCAAAGCAGGGUACACUGGCCUCAACUGCAACCAGUGUGACAAGGGCUACUACAACUCAGACAGCAUCUGCACGAGGUGUGAGUGCAACGGGAACGUGGACCCCGCGCUGUCCCCCAGCGUGUGCCGGCCCGACAGCGGCGAGUGCAUCGGCUGCCUGUACCACACCACGGGCUUCCACUGUGAGCUCUGCCAGGAGGGCUACAGCAGGGACUCCCAGGGCACCAACUGCACCAGGAAAGAAGCCACUCCAGAACCAAGGGAGUUUACAACUUCUGCUCCAAAUACCACCAAGGCCACAUCCUUUUCCACGGCAGUGCUAAACAGUACUUUGUCACCAACAACUCUACAGACAAUAUUUCCUAUAAGCUCCUCUGACAACAGCACCUCUGCUUUUGCAGAUGUUUCAUGGACUCAGUUUAACAUCAUUAUUUUGACAGUGAUCAUCAUUGUUGUGGUCCUACUAAUGGGCUUUGUGGGUGCUGUCUACAUGUACCGUGAGUAUCAGAACCGAAAACUUAAUGCUCCCUUUUGGACCAUUGAACUCAAAGAGGACAACAUCAGUUUCAGCAGCUACCACGACAGCAUUCCCAACGCUGACGUGUCGGGGCUGCUGGAAGAUGAUGGCAAUGAGGUGGCCCCCAAUGGACAGCUCACGCUGACGACUCCCAUGCAUAAUUUUAAAGCUUAAAAGUCAUCCAGCUAUUCCAAAGUUUGCUUCUCAAAAAGUUACAGGGCUUGUGGAAGGGGUGUCAGGAUCCGUGCCAAGGCUCCACGCAGAGGAAUUUGCUCUUCAGAUACUCUCUGGUGCAAGGCGUGCUGUAGCUUGCAGGUGAACAGGAGGCAGUGUAGUGCACCUGAAUUUCAGGUAGUGUGGUGAAAUGCAUUCAGUGUUCUCCAUAAAGAUCCAUAGAAUUCACUGUUGUUAUAAGCUGGAUUGUGCUGAAUUGAAACUUUUUUUAUGAAGAGGUGGUGGGGUGGAGAGAGCAGAACGCGAUGAGGAGUCAGAAGCUACUUGGUUUCCAGCCAACCCAACACUUGUGUCUUCAUCCUUUAGUUUGAGAAGUAGCUCAUGAAUUAACAGUGGAAUUUCAGGAAACAGAUCUUUGGAAAGGCAUCAUCUUCAUUCCUGACAGAAACUUACUUGAAAAGGAGAACAAAAAAAAAAAAAAGGGAAGUAAUUGUUCACUGUACUACCAAAAGGCAAGUAGGAGGAGUGAGUUGCACACUGAAAAAGUCACCAUUAUCUGUUCCCACUAAGCAGGGAAAUGGGAAAAAAUCCUAAGAACAUUUGAGUUAGGGAAGAGACUAAGCUUUUCCCUUUCUGAGUAUUUAUACAGGGUGAUGAUGCUAUUAAGACAUAGCAAUCCAUUUUUUUCUAGAAGGAGUUAAUGAACUUGUAUAGUUUCUGUGCAAGGGAAGACGACAAGACAUCUCAGGGUUGCCAUGUAAAAAUAAAAGCCAGGCUUACUACCCUACCCUGAUAGAAAUGGUGUGUUCUGUAUAUAAAAUGUAAUAUAUCUUCUUGGAAUUGUAUUUGUAAUUAUUUGUAAAAAAGACAAGCAACCAACUGACCAACCAAAAAAUCCCCAACAACAAAACCAUGAGCCCCUCCCCAACCUCCCCCACUCCCCAGGUCAUGUUUUAUCCUCUAGGUUUUAAUUGUACAGCGGUUAGUGACAUUGUUUAAAAAAGAAAAAAUCAUGAGGAUUGUUUAAAAUACUGUAAAUUGAGAUGGCAAUAUUGUUGGAGCUGGGCCUCUGGCAAACACCAACUGCUUAAAGCUUUUCUUCCACUGUCAUUGAAUAACUUCUUUUUUAGAGAAAAUGUGAAUGCUCCCUACUUGUAUCUGUCAAAUUUUGCCAUUCCUUCAAAUACAGAGUGAAUACCAGUGUUGCCAUGACUAGGGCUGAGUAGGUGUCCAAAAACUGGAUGCACUAAUGUAUUCCUUGCUUUUAAGUCUCUCUACAAAAUGCAAAUACGCUGUCACAA